AUCAGUGAAACACAAAACCCGAGCUAGUGGUCAAGCUAAUUUCUGGAACUAGGACACAAAUGAGCUAUGGCAAGAAAUACAACAGCAGAGAAUUAAUUACAAGUGUAUUAUCUUGGGCUGGAACUUGAGUUAGAGGAGUCAGAUGACCAAAGCAAUAGCUUUCAGUGGGUGAAUUGGCACCUUGACAUCCCCAGCCCCACUAGUGCAGACAGUACUGUGACUCAGGAAUGAAAAGAGCAUGUGUGUCAAGAGAAAAAUCCAUAGCAAAGGCAAGAGAGUGGAGCUACUUAAGGACUACAUUUUGCCUCCUACUGAUAACAGUGAGAGAAAGCUGGCUAUAACUGGGAAGGUGAGAAAUCCCAGCUGUCCAUCGAGGGAUCUGGGGAAAGUGAUACAAAGGGGUGCUGGCCGCAACUCUACAGAGGCAGUACCUCUUCACUCCCUCUCUCCUGACAUCCCCUCCCACCCAGUGGUGGCAGAGGGAUGCUUUCAGCUGAUGUGGCUGCAGGAGUCAGCUGCUACUUGAUGUCAGUACAUGCUUUGAGCUUGGCAGCGCAGGAGCAGGCGAGCAGAGCAGAGCACAGCCGAGCCUCAGACUCCACUGCUGCUUCCCACACCCUGCUCGACCCUGGCUGGGAGAUCCACCCCCAUCACCGCCACGGAUCCCUGGAAGCAGCUUGGACAACUUUGAGCAGCACCCCGGCCCCUGGGACUCAUUACCAUGGCCCCCAUCAACUCUUUCCGCAACUUCACGUUGGAGGCUCGGAACGGCUCAGUAGCAGAGAAGACAGCACCAUACACCAAUGUGAUCAUGCCCAGUCUCUUCAGCAUCAUCUGUUUCCUGGGCAUUGUGGGGAACCUCAUUGUCAUUUACACUAUAGUCAAGAAGAAGAAGCUGAAGCAUAACCAGACUGUACCUGACAUUUUCGUCUUCAGCCUCUCCAUUGUGGACCUCCUCUUCCUCUUGGGCAUGCCCUUCCUCAUCCACCAGCUCCUAGGCAAUGGCUCAUGGUACUUCGGAGCAACCCUGUGCACUGUCAUCACUGCUCUGGACAGCAACAGUCAGAUCACCAGCACCAACAUUCUUACAGUGAUGACCCUGGACCGUUACCUGGCAACUGUCUAUCCUCUCAAAUCUACCUGUGUUCGGACCCCGUGCGUUGCAGCUCUAGUUAUCUGCUUGGUGUGGCUCCUCUCCUUCCUGACUGUCAUUCCCGUGUGGAUGUAUGCAGGCCUUAUGAUUCUGGAGGAUGGCACUGUUCGCUGUGCUCUCUUGCUUCCCAACCCAGAGACUGAUAUCUAUUGGUUCACUCUCUACCAGUUCUUGCUAGCAUUUGCCAUGCCAUUGAUUCUGAUCUGUGCGGCCUACUUCAAGAUCCUGCAGCACAUAGCCACCACUGUGGUCCCACUGCCCCAAAGGAGCCUCCAAGUUCGAACCAAGAAAGUCACCCGCAUGGCAGUUGCCAUCUGCUCUGCCUUUUUUAUUUGCUGGGCUCCCUUCUACAUCCUCCAGCUCGUUCACCUUGGCAUUGACACCCCAUCCAUGGCCUUCUUUUAUGCCUACAACUUUGCCAUUAGCUUGGGCUAUGCCAACAGCUGCCUCAGCCCCUUUCUCUACAUUGCCCUCAGCGAGACCUUCAAGCACCAGUUCUUAGUAGCCAUCCGCCCCACAAAAUAGCCAUGUCACAACAGCAGCUCUGCCAGCAACAACAGCAGGACAGAUGCCAGUGUAUGCCUAAAACUGGCUCCAGAAUUCACUCAGCAGACUCCACUUCCAGAGGACUCCCCACACUCACUGCUUGUGUCUGCUGCUGUUCACUAAGCGACACUGAAGUCAUCAUAGCAGAAAGCCUUCUGAUCUGUAAGCUGCAGCCUUAGGUAGCUCUCUCUGAAAGUUACAGACUCUCUCUGAAGCUACAGACUGCUGGCUUCCACAUUCAAGAGACUAGGUGCCCAGGUGUGCUGCUUGGCAUUCUGGUCCAGCAACAGCUGCUUCCAGUGUCCUUUCUUGUUCGGCAACCAAGGUAUUUUCAAGAACUGGAUAAAUUUGAUGUUAAUCCUAAAUAUUUCAAGUAAAAUCAGGCAGAUAGCAGUUGUACUUCAAGGAACUGCAAACAAUUCUCAGAAAUACUGCUGCUAACACCAGAUUUGUUGCUUAUCAUGCUGAUGAGCCUAUUUUCACACUGCUAGUUCCUCACGCUGCUCAUGUUGUGCAGUCCACAUGGCCAUUGGGGAACACCUGGCAAAGGGCUUUAACCAUGAGUUGCUUACACAACUUGUUCAAAAUAACAAAUGCUUCACAGACUUAAAGUAGCAAAGUUACACGUCUAUUUUGCAUGCAAGGCUUUAACAGUCAGAGAUUAGGAAAUAGAUUUGCUCAUUACAAAGACUAGGAAAAAGAUGCACAGAUCAGCCAAAGGCAGGAGAUUAUACUGAGACUACACAGGACUCCCACAGGAUAGUGCAGGUAUUGUUAAACACCUUACCAAACACAAAAGGAACAGUUUGCUGUAGAUUAAUUUCAUGUAAAGAGGCAUGAAAAACAUCACAUAGCACAGAAUUAUAUUACUACACUUAACGGUUUCAUGCUGCCAGCCACCAACAAUAUAGCCAUAACAGAAAUUCACCCUUAUUCAUCUGGACCGUUACCUGCACAGGACUUUAUAAGCUUACAAGCAUACCUAAUGUACACUCAUUACACUUGCAGAUAUUUAAAUACAGCUAAUACACUUCAUUCUACACCCCAGAGAGAACAGCAAUUCACUCACCUCUAGUGAGGAGAGCAGCUGGUGUGCAACGCUAGCCCUUUUGACAUCAGAUACAGAGAGCUGAUUUUUGAGUUAAUGAACAACCUUUGUUGAAAGGAGCUGUGUACUUCCAUUCCAGGCUCUGCCCACCUCAGAAGCACAUCCACAUCUAUGACUGUGUGGUAUUUUUGCUGGUUUUCCAUCUUCUUUUCCUGGACUAUAAAGCCAGAUAGACACAUACAGAGCUUUCGAACUAUGACUUCAAAAAUCUCUGCCCCACCUUAAAUACCAGGAAUUUUCACAGGACUCCUUUGGUCAAUAUUCUGCCUGAAGAGAGCGAAGGUCAAGGAAUGCGUGUAUUGUGACAAUGUAGACUUGUUCUCAAGACUAGUGAAUUUAUUGUGUUAUCUUCCUCCUACACAGAAGCCAAAGGGAUGACUGAGACUUUUUUCUGUAAAAGGUGGUAAAGGUUAAGCAUAUUUUUUUCUCCUCUCAAUACCAGCAGUGAGGAAAGUAUGAGGGAAAGGAAAAACAGUUUCAUUGUCUGAGCUCUCAGAGAAGCACAAUAAAGAUGUUAUCUUGCUUACAGUAAAGGUGUUUAUGGUUCAACCAGUCUAUUCCCACCUUAAAUGAGUCAGUCUGACCUGAUGUGGCCAAGCCUCAUGCUCAAAAUCAAUGGGACACAGUGGGCUAACCAAGAAGGGAGGCCAGGACCAGCUGGUGCAACGCAGGGAAGGGUCUUUGUGAGGAAGGCUUUUUCCAGACCUCAUCACAUGGAAGUCAAGGCACAACACACUGCCACCUUCCCAGGUGGAAGCCCUCACAUAGAUGGUGUCUGCAGACACCAGAG